GUUUGUCCUUUGUAAUAAAUCCUUGAUCUCCCACCUUCUGUUCAAAACGUUUGCCAUUUGAGCCUGGCCUCGUGUUAGCAAACUCCAAAUUGAUGGCAGGAGGUAGUUCUGCUACAGCAGGUGACGAAGCGAAGGUGAUAACCAUCUUGAGCAUCGACGGCGGCGGCGUGAGAGGGAUCAUCCCGGCCAUCGUCCUCGCCUUCCUUGAAAAAGAGCUCCAGAAACUGGACGGGCCGGAUGCUAGGAUCGCGGACUACUUCGAUGUCGUCGCCGGCACGAGCACGGGUGGCCUCUUGACGGUGAUGCUUGCGGCGCCGGACAAGGAUGGGCUCCCAAAACUCAAGUACAGCGCCAAGGAUGCCGCCAAGUGGGGCAUCUUGAGCUGGCUCAUCAAGGACGGCUCCGUACCCAUCCUCGACAUGUUCAAUGCCGGCAGCGCCGACAUGGUCGACUUCCACCUCUCCGUCCUCUCCGCCGUCCUCGGCACCUCCCACCAAUACCUGCGCAUCCAGUAUGAUAAACUGAGCGGGAGUGCGGGUUCGAUCGACGACUCCUCCAAAGCCAACUUGGAUAGGUUGGUGAAGAUUGGUGAAGAGCUGCUCAGCGAGAAGGUGUCCGGGGUGGACCUGGAGACCGGCCGGAAUGUGGAGGUGCCCGGCGGGGGCACCAACGCGGAGGAGCUAGCUAAGUAUGCAAAGCAGCUCUCCGACAAGCGGCGCAAACGCCGCAACAAUUAAUAUGUGCCUGCUCGAACCAAACUAGCAAUUGCAUGCUAGUUAAUGUGUGUGUUUAAGUUCACUUUUACGUUUAGUUUGGGAGUUCAAUCUGUUUGAUUUAUGUCGUUCGUAAAUUCUAUGGUGCUGUUGUAAUAGUCCUGUGCAAAAAUCAUUGGCACAAAUAAUAUUAUGAUAUUAAUAUGUGGUUUAUGUGA